CCUAACCUCAAGGGUUAUUAGACAGGUUGAAUUUUGGUUGCUGGACACUUUAGUAUUCUUCUCUCUCCUCAAGUGUGUGCUCAUUUCCUCUCUUAUCUCCAUUUCCCCUUAUUUUGUUAUCUUAUUAUGGCAGGAAAUAAGAGAAGAAGAAUCAAAUCAUGUUUACCAGUCUUGGGUUUCCAAUGGAUUUGGUAGAAAGAGGAUAAAUGCACAAGGUCUAAUUCAAAGUUUUCAUUUGUUGUCGGCGGCCUUCCGAGAUGACAGAAACACUUGUGUUGAUGUGAAGCAAGAUACGCAGGAGCUGCCAUCAUGGUCCGAUCUUCCCGCAGAACUCUUGGAAUUGAUUCUGUGUCAUUUGACGCUUAGGGAGAACAUUCGUUUUUCUGCUGUUUGCAAAAGAUGGAACUCAGUUGCUCUUUCGGUGCGCCUAGUAAACCAGCCCCCCUGGAUUAUGUAUUUUCCAAAGUUCGGCGAUUUGUAUGAAUUUUAUGAUCCUCUGAACCGCAAGACUUAUUCUAUUGAAUUACCAGAGUUGUAUGGAUCAAGAGUCUGUUACACAAAAGGUGGUUGGCUAUUGUUAUACAGGCCUAGAACUCAUCGCCUUUUCUUCUUUAACCCCUUCUCUCGGGAGUUAAUUAAGUUGCCUAGAUUUGAAAUCACUUGUCAAAUUGUUGCUUUCUCUUGUGACCCAACAUCUCCUAGCUGCGUAGUCUUUACAGUAAAGCAUGUUAGCCCUACAGUUGUUGCUAUUAGUACUUGUCAUCCAGGGGCAACAGAAUGGUUAACCGCCAAUUACCAGAAUCGCCUGCCUUUUGUCAGUAGUAUUUGGAACAAAUUGGUUUUCUCCGAUGGGCAAUUUUAUUGUCUUAGUCUAACUGGAUGGCUUGGGGUUUUUGAUCCGAAAGAGCUUACCUGGAAUGUCCUGGUGGUGCCUCCUCCCAGAUGUCCAGAGAACUUUUUUACCAAAAACUGGUGGAAAGGCAAGUUCCUGGCGGAACAUGGUGGAGACAUUCUGGUGAUUUAUACCUGCUGUAGUGAUUACCCCAUCAUAUUUAAACUUGAUCAGACAAACAUGGUGUGGGAAGAAGUAAAAACCUUAGAUGGGAUUACUUUGUUUGCAAGCUUUCUUUCAUCACAUUCAAGAACUGAUCUCCCUGGAAUUAUGAGGAAUAGUGUUUAUUUUUCUAAAGUUCGUUUUUAUGGAAAACGAUGCAUAUCAUAUUCCCUGAAGGACUGUAGAUACUAUCCUCGCAAGCAAUUUCAUGACUGGGGAGAGCAGGAUCCUUUUGAGAGCAUUUGGAUUGAUCCGCCCCAGGAUCUUUCUAUCUUCAUGUAAUGUAUGACAAAUCCUGUAAAUUAUGUUUCGGUGUUCUCUUUGCGUCAAUCUUGAUGCUUUUUGCGCAGAGUUGUCUGGACUCCUCAAUGAGAUAAUACGGGAGCAACUGUAAGAGAAUUCAGAGCUCCUGGAUCUGAAUAAAGGAGAAAUGGACAACGCGUGUAGCUGUAGAUGUUUUAACAGUGAAUAAUUCUUGUGAAGCCACUGUUUUAGAAGAAUUAUUAGUACACAUUAGAGCUAAGUUCAAAUGGUUCUGUAUAAAAUUCGGGAACUUGCACCCUUUUGCAUGGUGUCUGUUAUUGAUUUAGAGCUGAUUCUGUGUUUUACACUAAUUAGAAGCAUAGUUGCCAAACUUUGAUAUGACCAAGUCUGUAAUCGACUAAUCGCAUUCUUUGGCAACUCCUAGAUUACACCUUAUAGGCUUAA